AUGACUCAAAGGCUUCAUAAAAUCUAUGGUACUAACCGACAAAAGCCAAAUUGUGACUCUUCACCGAGACCAGAAGUCUCAUUUGAAGACGCCGAGAAAAUGUCAAUCGAACGAGAAAAGAUUCGAAACAACUACGCUGUAAAGUAUCCGGAAGAUUCAAGAGAGUUUAGCAAUUGUUAUCACGGGCAUAAGGUAAACGAUCCAUUGCAUAUUGCUGCUUCUCAUGUUGGGUGUGCCGCAGAGCCAGAGAAGAAAGCUUUAAAGAGCGGUAUAAAGAAACCAGCGAUACUUUCCUUUCCGUCCUUCGUGCCGGGCUCCGGUCUCUGCUGGAGUCCUUCUCUUGAACGAUCUACUGAAAAUAUCCAAGAGAAGGAGCAACUUGUAUGUAGGCGAUGCAGAAAUUGCAAACAAACCUUCGUGUCGGAAAGAGGGCGCGUGUACAAGGAUAACAUAAUGCGAUUUUCUGACAUCAGCACCAUGACCCCUUGUCUAAAUGAUGCUGCCUGCGGCCCUCCCAUAGAAGCAUCUCAUUCCUCCAGUAUAUCACUGUCUAUGUCUAACGUAGCGGUUCGUGACGAGCCCGAGCCCCAAGUGCGUUUCACCCCCAGUCCUACCGUCAGGAGUAUAGACGAUGACGCCAGCUUUAACUUUGAUUAUUAUGAGCAAAGACCGGUGGAAAUUACCGAAUGCUAUGACGAAGUUUACCAAAGAGGCGCUAUCGAAUAUACGAAGUCGCGGCGAACCAUCCUGCCCAAAUGUUCAAAUCUGAAUGAGAUCGGUGAAAAAUUCACAGAACCUAGAAAAAACUUAUACAACGAGGGAAUUAGCGAUACGAUAGCCGAAAACUUCUCCGGUCGCUGUCCGUUAACUAACAGAAUACAGAUUAGCGAGAAAAGAGGGUACAGUAAAACUUCUGUUUUCGGUAAAAAUGCUGAAAUUCCAUUCGCGCAUCGAAAUCGCUCGAAAUAUCACUCCGAUUGCAAGACUGAGCUGAAAAAGAAGCCGCUCCGUUGCGGAGUAUUGAGGAAGGAAGAAGUAAGGUUAGCUGCGGAACCUAAAGCGAUGCGAUUCUGCCAACCUGGAGCUACGGAUCGAUGUGACGUGCAGCCUUGCAUCAGGAUGCCGAGGAAAGUUUUGAGCUCGGAGCGCAAUAUCGACUCGUUUAUACUAAGUCAAAGUAUACGUCCUAAAUUUUUUUGA